AACUAAAAUUGACUUUUUGACUGAAGUCACAUUAAUAUUAAAGUUUCAAUUGUGCUAAUAGUUCCAAGCAAUGUAACUAUUUGACUUGGCAUUUUUUAAACUUUAUCUCUAGUAAAGUAAGUGCCGUUAAAUGAAAUAUUUGAUUUCAAGUCAACUUACUGUCAUUUUUUGUGAAGAUACAAUUAUGUGAUCUUAUUAUUUGGUACUUAUGUAUAUAUAUAUAUAUAUAUAUGUAUACCAAAUCUGCACUCCAAAUUAAAAACUGUUGUAUGUAACACAAAUAGUUUUCGUUGAAUUUUAGAAAAUGUUAAAAAAAACGAUAAAUAAAAAGCAACUCCAGAUAAAAACUCAUUGAUUACAAUAAUAAAUGAAAGCAGCUUUUAUAUACUUGCAAAUUGGAAAAAUAAUCACGAUGCCGAUGCAAGUUAGAUCGCUUCAAAUGAUGUUUUUUGAGUUCGAAAUGCAAAAACGUCAACCAAUGAAUGUACAAGACAACCUAAACGUUGGAGUUAAAAAGUAAUUCAAAAAAUAAUUAUUUUUACCGCACUGCAACGCUAUCGUUCGAAACAAGUUCAUUACUAUUGUUUAAAUUUACUAUCAAAAUCAUGAAGUUACUAGAGAGUUCGAGAUUUGAAGCCAUCAACAACGCACUUUCGAUACAAACAAGUGGAAUCACAAUCUUUGGUCGCAUAGAAAGUUACUCCAAAAUGGUUGCAGCUGAGAAAGUAUUGUAUAAACGAUUUACGGCAGAUACUCAUGGCCAUGACCUUCAAGCGUUAUCACCACCCCAAACUUUGGCAGACUUUUCGCCUAACUUUCGUCAAAACAACAGUCAAUCCGGGGAUGAAGGCAUUACUCUUUGUGAUACCAUAUCUAGAAAGACUUUGUUCUACUUAAUUGCUACAUUGAACGCGUCGUUUGAGCCAGAUUAUGAUUUUUCAGAAGCCAAGUCCCAUGAAUUUAGCAAAGAGCCAUCUUUACAGUGGGUAAUGAAUUCAAUCCACUCAAAUCUUUCGGCAUUAGCGGGAGAUCAAUAUCAAGUUAUACGCCAGCCUCUAUGGUCUGCUGUCGAUGACGAAGUUAAUUUAUCAGAAUGUGACAUUUACAGUUAUAAUCCAGAUUUAAGUUGUGAUCCUUUUGGUGAACCGGGCUGUUUGUGGUCGUUUAAUUAUUUCUUUUAUAAUAAGAAAUUAAAAAGGAUUGUUUUUUUCACAAGUCGUGCAGUGAACUCUCUUUAUGCUGCUGAAACAUCGGACUUUUCAAUGGAAGAAGAUGUAUAUUAAAACAGGUUUCCGUCUAUUUCACACAAUUUUAUAAAGCAGAAAAGUGGGUUAUAAUAUCCCUCAUUCUAUCAAAAGUUUAUUUUUUAAGUUUAAUACCGUAGUCUAUCUUAUAAGAUCAGUGCAUAUUUAAAAAUUUUUUAGUAAUACCACAAACAAAAUAAUAUAACAAAAAAUUAUUUAAAAAAAAAAAAAAUAAAAAUGUGCUUGUAUAAAUAAUAAUAAUAUUAUAUAGACGUUGUUCAAAACUGCCUUUACAAAAAGAUAUUUUUAAUAUA